AUGUUAGUUGACAAUCUUCGUUCCAAACGAAUCAAUGUAAUACAAUCUGUAGGGAAUGCAGAUUGUGAUAUUGUCACUAAAACUGUAAUUGCGACUGAAGAGAAUGGUAACGUAAUAUUAGUUGGCGAAGAUACUGAUCUUCUAAUCCUAGUAUUGCAUUUUUCAAAAAAAGAAAAUGUUUUCACGAUGAGACCUGUAAGGCAAGGCACCCCAAAUAGAAUAACUAAAAUUUUCGAUAUACAGAACAAAAUAAAAUCCAUUUUGAAAAAAAUUUUCUUCAUUCACGCCGCAGGGGGUUGCGAUACUAUGAGUGGUUUGUACAAAAUAGGAAAAAUCAAAGUUCUUCAACUUUUAGAGAAGCUUCCUGACUUAAGAAACGAUGUUCCUAUUUUCUACAAUCCGAAAACAGCCAAGGAUGAUAUAGUAAAAGAUGGUGAGCGCUUCUUAGUAUCCCUUUACGGAGACACAUCAACAAUAACAUUGGAUGAACUUAGAUUCAAAAAAUACAAUGCUAUCACCACUAGGCAAAAUAUUAGCACAAACUUUAAUUUGGCUGCUCUUCCCCCCACCAAAGAUGCCGCAAAAUUCCAUAUCUCCAGAAUUUAUUUUCAAAUACAAGAGUGGUUGGGCUUACUCUCCUGA